UCUCCCUCCCACAAAUACACACACGCACACGCUUUCUCUCUCUCUCUCAGUCUCUCUCUCCUCUCUGACGAGGGAACAUGUUGCCUAGGAGCAGCAGCAGCAGCAGUGUGCUACACGUGGAGACAACCUCUCUCUGUAAUAAACCGGGGACAGGAGGAAGAAAGAAGGAACUGUCUUUUUUUUCCUUGUCUGACCAGACUCUUUGAGGAAGAGGAGGAGAAGGAAGAGGAAAAGGCUCAGUACACUGAGGGAUUCAGGAUUUGAUUGUGACUAGGUGGACUAGCGAGAGGAGGAAAGAAGAGAAGAGAAGAGGAGGAGGAAAAGGAGGAGGAAAGGAGUCUUGAUUUGUUUGUUUUUCUAAUAAAACUCCACAAAGAGGAAGAGGAGGAGGAAAAAGAGAAAGAGCUAGUGGGUUUGGACUGGGAUAGUGGGUUUUGCACACCCCAAAGUCGCUACCAUGUGGCAGGAGGCCUUACGGACGCGGGGGCGCUACCUUUUGGAACGCGGGGGAGAGGGGGGAGAUGCGGGAGAGGGAGGAGAUGCCCUGGGGGAUGUGUUUGUAGGUUUUGGGGAGACCCCGACACAGGGACAGGUGUGUGUGGGUGUGCCGGGACAGAAGACCCAGGACUGGCUGUAUGAGUCCUACUACCGUAUGAGCCAACAACACCCUCUCAUCGUGUUCCUACUGCUCAUAGUGAUGGGAGCAUGCCUCGCUCUACUGGCUGUGUUCUUUGCCUCCGGACUGAACAUGGAGGACCACCUAGCGUUCCUGAUCACCGUGCCCACCACCCUCUUCCUCUUCCUCUCCAUCUUCAUCCUGGUCUGCAUAGAGUCCGUCUUCAACCGCAUGCUCCGCCUCUUCUCCCUCCUUAUAUGGGCCUGCCUGGUUGCCAUGGGUUACCUCUUCAUGUUCUCCGGGGGGAUCCUCUGUCCUUGGGACCAGGUCUCCUUCUUCCUGUUCAUAGUGUUUGUGGUUUACACCAUGCUGCCGUUCUCCAUGAGAGGAGCAGUCAUAGCCAGCAUCAUCACAUGUUUAUCACACACAAUCACACUCAGCGUGUGUCUGGCGUCUACUGCAGAGGCCUUUGAACCACUGGUGUGGCAGAUCCUGGCUAACAUCAUUAUCUUUACGUGUGGUAACCUGGUGGGAGCGUACCAUAAGCACCUGAUGGACCUGGCCCUCAGACAGACCUACCAGGACACCUGCAACUGCAUCAAGUCCCCCAUCAAACUGGAGUUUGAGAAACACCAGCAGGAAAGGUUACUGUUGUCCCUGCUCCCGGCCCAUAUCGCCCGUGUGAUGAAGGCAGAGAUCAUUCAGAGGUUACAGGGACCAAGGGACAGGGACUUCGGCCGGGCAGAGGGAACCAACAACUUUCACAACCUCUAUGUCCAACGACACACCAACGUUAGCAUUCUGUACGCAGACAUAGUCGGUUUCACUAAACUGGCUGGUGACUGCUCACCCGGAGAACUGGUGCACAUGCUGAAUGAAUUGUUCGGCAAGUUUGACCAGAUCGCCAAGGAAAAUGAGUGUAUGCGUAUAAAGAUCCUGGGUGAUUGUUAUUACUGUGUAUCAGGCCUGCCAGAGUCUCUACCACACCAUGCAGGCAACUGUGUCAAGAUGGGACUGGACAUGUGUGAGGCCAUCAAGAAGGUGCGGGAUGCUACUGGGGUUGACAUCAAUAUGCGAGUCGGGGUGCAUUCUGGGAACGUGCUGUGUGGCGUCAUCGGCCUCCAGAAGUGGCAAUACGAUGUCUGGUCGCAUGAUGUCACUCUGGCCAAUCACAUGGAGGCAGGGGGCGUGCCAGGGCGUGUCCAUAUCUCCUCAGUAACAUUGGAGCAUCUGAAGGGCUCCUAUAAGGUGGAACCAGGGGAGGGACAAAGUAGAGACUUUUACCUGAAGGAACACGAAGUCAUCACCUACCUGGUCAUCAACCCCAAGGCUGAGAGGCGGAGCCCCCACCUGUGUACACGUUCUCGUUCUACAUUGGACGGAGGGAAGAUGAGGGCUUCGGUCAGAAUGACUCGAUACCUGGAGUCGUGGGGGGCGGCAAAACCCUUUGCUAACCUGCACCACAGAGACAGCAUGACUACUGACAACGGCAAGAUUAACACUACUGAUGUUCCAAUGGGCCAGUAUCACUACCAGAGAAGAGAGAGGACUAAAUCUCAGAAGAGACGGUUUGAAGAGGAACUGGAAGAGAGGAUGAUCAGAACCAUCGACGGCAUCAACUCACAAAAGCAGUGGCUGAAGUCUGAGGACAUCCAGAGGAUCUCACUCUUCUUUCACAACAAGACUCUGGAGAAGGAGUAUCGAGCCACCACUCUGCCAGCCUUUAAAUACUACGUCACCUGUGCCUGUCUCAUCUUCUGCUGCAUCUUCAUAGUGCAGAUACUGGUCCUGCCCAAAACAGCAGUGUUGGGGAUCUCCUUCGGCAUGGCUUUCCUCCUUUUAGCUCUGAUCUUGGUCAUAUGUUUUUCUAGCCACAUCUUGAUUUUACUCACUAUUCUGAUCUCUUUUCCCUGUCCCAUUCUCAUUUUAUCUGUCCCCCUGCUUGUCUCACUGUCCCCUCUCUCUCUCUCUCUCUCUCUCCCUUCCUUCCUUCCUUCCUUCCUUCCUUCUUUCCUCCCUCUCUCUCUCUGUCUCUCUCAGCAGGGAGGUAAAGGAUCGUGGUGCUCUCUCCCCUGGCUCCCUACUUCCUCACGCAUCAUCAUCGCCAACAAACCCUGGCUCCGAUUGGUCCUCACCAUGACAACCACCGCUCUUAUACUGGUCAUGGCUGUGUUCAACAUGUUCUUCCUGGAAGAUGAGGUUUUGACCACACACCCUACCAUGAACCUGACCAAUGACAGCAUUCUCAGCUCCCACAGCCACACCCACCUCACGGGUGGAAAUAAGUUCUACUUACCUUAUUUUAUCUACUGUUGUAUCCUGGGUCUGGUGUCAUGUUCUGUGUUCCUGAGGAUCAACUACGAGCUGAAGAUGGUUGUCAUGCUAGUUGCCGUGGUGACCUACAACAUCAUCAUCCUCCAGACACACGCACACCUGCUGGACGGAUAUAGUACUGCACUCUAUAGCACACAGACACUGGACAGGCCAGGCAUUCUAAAGGAUCUGAAGACGAUGGGUUCUGUUUCUCUCUUCAUCUUCUUCAUCACUCUACUGGUGUUAGCACGACAGAAUGAAUAUUACUGUAGGUUGGACUUCCUGUGGAGGGACAAGUUCAAGAGAGAGUGUGAGGAGAUUGAGACCAUGGAGAACCUGAACAGGGUUCUACUAGAGAACGUUCUACCGGCCCAUGUUGCAGAACACUUCCUGGGACGUAACUGGAAGAACGAGGAUCUGUACCACCAGUCAUAUGAGUCGGUGUGUGUGAUGUUCGCCUCCAUCCCAGACUUUAAGGAGUUCUACACAGAGUCAGAUGUCAACAAGGAGGGCCUGGAAUGUCUCAGACUCCUCAACGAGAUCAUCGCUGACUUUGACGAGCUGCUGUCCAAGCCUAAGUUCAGCGGGGUGGAGAAGAUAAAGACUAUUGGCAGCACUUAUAUGGCUGCUACUGGUCUCAACGCAACACCUGGACCUGAAUACACACAGGAACAUGACCGUCAGUACAUGCACAUCGGCACAAUGAUGGAGUUUGCCUUCGCUCUGGUCGGGAAACUAGACGUUAUCAACAAACACUCUUUCAAUGACUUCAGGCUACGAGUCGGGAUAAACCAUGGUCCGGUGAUUGCGGGGGUGAUCGGAGCUCAAAAGCCUCAGUAUGAUAUCUGGGGUAACAGUGUUAAUGUAGCCAGCAGGAUGGAGAGUACUGGGGUACUGGGAAAAAUACAGGUAACUGAGGAGACAAGUCGUAUCCUAGCGACGCUGGGCUACAUGUGUUCGUGUCGAGGCAUCAUCAACGUGAAGGGGAAGGGAGAGCUCAAAACCUUCUUCGUACACACGGAGAUGACCAGAUCGCUGUCUCAAGGGACUGUGAUGCCUUGAACAUCAUACACUGAACAUUACACAUACACACACAUGAACACACACACAUGCAAACACACUUAAACUAUACAAACAAAUGUAUCUACAUACACACUGAUAGACUUGCACGCACAUACACACACAUACGUUCAUGCACAAAUAAAGCACAUACAGACAUACAAGGACAUACACACACACGUAACACACGCACACAGUACUGCCUGCUGUAGUAGAACGUAUCAAACAACAGACUUUGUUUACAACAGUAACUCCAGACCACUUCAUCUAAACCAGACAGAAUGGCAGACAGACAACAUUUAGAACAACAAACAGAACAACAGACAGACGGCUGUACAUACAGUAUUACCUGCAUCGUCCCUCCUUAGCUGGACACAGUAGUAACUGAACUUCACAGGGUAACGUUGUCCCUAGAUACUGAUCUUAGGUCAGUUUUGCAUUCCCCUCUCCCCUAAUGGUUAAGGUUAGGAUGUGUUUAGGGUAAGCUGAUCUUAGAUCUGUGCGCAAGGGAAAUUUCAACCUGGAGUGGAUUUCAUUGACUACCUGAGCGGUCGAGUGGAGCAGUGCAGACACAGAUAGUCGAAGCCAUCUUGGCACCGAUAGUCCUUUCACUAUUACAGUACAUUUAGUCAGAAUUCUAUUUAAAAUGUGGUGCCAACAUGAAGGGUUGUUUUCCAAACUGUCUAUGGCUCGCCUCUCUCUAUGGUUCUGGAGCAGAAAGCGACGUGGACCUCAAGAGCAGUUGGGGCAUCAAGAGCUACUGGACUUUUGUAAGAAAACGAGAAAACAAUAUCAACAACAGGAGAAUGUUUCCAUGUUUUGACGCCAUAAUUUUCUUACUCAUUAAAGCAUUUGUAUAUA